AGGCGUACUCCAACUUCGGUUUGAUCCAUGACAAUCUAAGAAACGAGUCUUCUCGGAUUGAUCCUCCACCAGAUCCGUUCUACGCCUCCUCAGAGGUCAGAACCUUGCGGAAGAAGUCACCACUGCGGUUAGCGUUGACCCCUCUCUCUCUCUCGCGCUCGCUUAAAUCGAUGUGUCCCCUCUUUGGUGGUGGUAUUGAUCUGCGUCAAGGCAGGAGGAGACGGGCUCGGGACGAGAAGAAGAGGUCGCAGGAAGAAAUUUCGCUACCUUUGUGUGCGUACCGAUCGAUAGUGAUACGUUGAGGAAGAUGGGAAUCAUCAGGAGCAGCUUCUCGUUUAUGUUCGGCACCGUAUGCGGCGUUUAUAUAGCCCAAAACUAUAACGUCCCCAACAUCAAGCGGCUCUUUGACACCGGCAUCUUCAUGGCCAGACACAUCGAGGAGAGCUACCGGAAGCCCAAGAAGAAGGACGAUGACUAGCGCAAGCUGUAUGGGUGGAGUGCUGAGGUCUGACGUCUCCUUUCAGUUUCUUCUUCUUUUCUAUUGUAUGGGGGAAACGAUAUUCUUUCUUCGUUUUCUCUGCCACUUUCCCUUGUUCGUAUUAACGGUUAUGGCUUGUGGGUGGGUGUUAAGAAGCCCCGAGUCUCCCGUGUUUGAUUUUGAGUGAAUUGAUUCUUGGGUUGCCGCUGCUCUGGAUUAUUGGCCAUUUGCGAGAGCGAAUUCAUGAAGCAACUUAUUUGGGUUUGUCACUCGCAGGAGAAUUUAUGUAUAUAGUUUCUAUUAACUUGAAUCGUGGUUUUA